AAGCCGAAAGAAAGAGGUCCCCCCUCUAAAACCCCAACUGUGACUCAUUUUUCAACUCUCUGUCCUUCCUUUAUCGCUCCUCUCUCUGUCAUGUCACCAGCCGAAAAUGGCCGCCACGCACACCUCCACCACAUCCUCUCCAACCCGUAAAUCCCUAAAUAUAAUAUCCCAAAAUCUCUGCUUUUGAUUUCGACGCUCUUAUUGUUAUUCUGAUUCUCUCUGUCUCUCGGGUUUCUACGCGUUAAUCGCAUCUUUUAUCCUCUCACUUUUCACCUCGACCAAGAGUGCUAGGGUUUUGGUAUUCUGGGUUCGUUUGCUCUAGUGGGUAUUUUUUUUCUUUUUCUGGGUGAUUUGCUAUGAUGGACGAGAGAAUUGUCGACGAUCUUAUACGGAAGCUUGUGGCAGCGAAGAAUGGCCGGACCACCAAACAGGUGCAACUCACGGAGGCUGAAAUACGGCAGCUUUGCUCCGCCUCCAAGGAAAUCUUUCUCAGUCAGCCGAAUCUUCUGGAGCUUGAAGCUCCGAUAAAGAUCUGUGGAGAUGUUCACGGUCAGUAUUCAGAUCUUUUGCGACUGUUUGAGUAUGGUGGGUACCCACCUGAAGCCAACUAUUUAUUCCUAGGAGACUAUGUUGAUCGUGGUAAGCAAAGCAUAGAGACAAUAUGCCUUCUCCUUGCAUACAAGAUCAAAUACAAGGAGAACUUCUUUCUCCUUAGAGGUAACCAUGAAUGCGCUUCCAUCAACCGCAUCUAUGGAUUCUAUGACGAGUGCAAGAGAAGAUUUAAUGUUCGUAUUUGGAAGACAUUUACUGACUGCUUCAACUGUCUUCCUGUUGCUGCUCUUAUUGAUGAGAAGAUCCUUUGCAUGCAUGGCGGUCUGUCUCCUGAUUUGAAACACUUAGAUCAGAUUAGGAAUAUUGCACGGCCGGUGGACGUGCCAGAUCAGGGCCUUCUCUGUGAUCUAUUAUGGGCUGAUCCUGAUAAAGAUGUUGAAGGUUGGGGAGAGAAUGAUCGUGGCGUGUCAUAUACAUUUGGGGCUGACAAGGUUGCCGAAUUUCUUCAGAAACAUGGCCUUGAUCUCAUUUGUCGUGCUCAUCAGGUUGUGGAAGAUGGAUAUGAGUUUUUUGGAAAAAGAAAGCUGGUAACCAUAUUUUCAGCACCAAAUUACUGUGGGGAGUUCGAUAAUGCUGGUGCCAUGAUGAGUGUAGAUGAUACAUUGACAUGUUCCUUCCAGAUUUUGAAAGCAUCUGAGAAGAAGGGAAAGCUUGGGAUAAGCAACAACAUGUUAAGACCAGGAACUCCUCCUCACAAGGGUAAGGGCUGAUCGGUUGCAGAAGCUUUAAUUGUAACUUCUGAGAACACCUUCUGUAUCAUCUUGUGCUGCUCGGCUUUCUCUCAGCUGCAAGGUUUGAUUAUUCACCUCUGCCUUCUUUUGUGUCGUACAGAAGAUGAAGCUGAAAAGUUACUUCUACAGUGGCAAAAUAGCCAUUAGCGUAUCAGAAUUAGUGCGACUUUUUGUUUCCGGAAAAAAAGAAAGAAAAGUGAAAUUUAACUGUGUAAUGGAAAUUUCGACUCCAUUGUGGAAUUUUAGAAGUUUUUGUUUCAUGGAAAAACCUAAAUCUUCUGUUGCUUGCAA